CGGGUGAUAAAGCAAGAUGGCGUCUGACGGAGAAGGCCUAAACGCGGGCAUUAUAUUUCUGUAUUCUUACAUAUAUGUUGUCUAAUAGAGUACACACGGUUAAUAAUUGUUUGUAGCAGGAUACAUUAGUCUGAGUGCACUUUGACACUUCUCCUGUUUGCUAGCUUCAUUUAAGGUAGCUUGCAGCCAGUUUAGCUGGCUAGUUAGCUUAGCUUAUUAGCUGCUAACAAAGAGACGCGGACGUUAUUUAAACAUCGCUAAGUAGGGAACUAAUGUGAGUGUAAAGUGUUGUGAUUGUGUGAAAAUGUGCGGAAGAACGACAGCAAAGUACGAGGAGGAACUUUGUCCAACAAAAGAGGAGAAGGAGCGACAACAUCAACUGCUGGAUGUUUAUUAUAAGAAACAUCAUCAAGUUGUGUUACACAGAACAGACGUCUUUGAAGAACAACUUAUGCCUGAAAAACAGGAGUGUAGCUUCAGAAUGGUGAAGGAGGAUGCAUCAAAGAGGAAGACCAGGGGCCACAGACCCUCUGGCGUCUCCUUUUCCUCUUUGACACAGACCCUUCCCUGUAAAAAGGAAGAGGAACACUCACUGACGCCCCACAUUAAAGAGGAAGAGGAGGAACACGGUAUCAGUCAGCCUAAAUGGUUGGAGGAGUUCCCAGUGACUGGUGUCCCUGUGAAGAGUGAAGAUGAUGAGGUCAAAGGUGAAAGUGAGGAGAAGAGAGAGGCGGAGCCUCCAAGCAGCAAGUCAACACAACACAUGACAACAGAAGCUGAUGGAGACCACUGUGGAGGAUCACAAGCAGACAAGCUCUUAGCUCCACUAUCAGAUAGUGAGGACACAACGUCACACUCUCCUGACACUGAUGAUGAAGACUCUAAAGAUGAUAAGACAUGUCACACUGACAACACUCACUUCAAAUGUUCUCACUGUGAUAAAUCCUUUCAUUCCCGUUCUUAUCUAAAAGUACACAUGAGAACACACACUGGAGAAAAACCGUUUUCCUGCUCAGAAUGUGGUAAAAGUUUUACUAACAGUAAGAGUUUGAAAGUACACAUGAGAACACACACUGGUGAAAAACCUUUUUCCUGUUCAACCUGUGGUAAAGGUUUUACACAAAGUCAGAGUUUGAAAGUACACAUGAGAACACACACUGGAGAAAAACCUUUUUCCUGCUCAGAAUGUGGUAAAUGUUUUUCACGCAAAAAGGGGUUAAACAAACACAUGCUAAUUCACACUGGAGAAAAACCGUUUUCCUGUUCACUCUGUAGUAAAGGUUUUACACAAAGUCAGAAUUUGAAAGUGCACAUGAGAACGCACACUGGUGAAAAAGCUUUUACCUGUUCAAUCUGUGGUAAAAGUUGUACUAGUAGUCAGAGUUUGAAAGUACACAUAAGAACACACACUGGAGAAAAACCGUUUUUCUGCUCAGAAUGUGGUAAAUGUUUUACUCACAGUCAGAGUUUGAAAGUACACAUGAGAACACACACUGGAGAAAAACCUUUUUCUUUUUCAAUCUGUGGUAAAGGUUUUACACAAAAAAACGUGUCAAACUAACACAUGCUAAUACACACUGGAGAGAAAAUGUUUACCUGUUAACUAUGUGGUAAAGGUUUUACAGAAAGUCAAUAUUUGAAAAGACACAAGAGAACACACACUGGUGAAAAAUCACAUUCCUGUUCAAUCUGCAACAGAAGCGUUUGUCAACAAUCAAACCUUGUAGCACACACGAGAAAACACCCAGGAGAGAAAGUGUUGAGUUGCAGUGUGUGUGGUGAAAGAUUCUCUUCUAAGUACCAGUGUAAGAAACACAAGUGUGCUGGUGAGAACAGCAGCAGCAAAUGAAACUGCAGGAUUUGAAAUAAACUGUCAAGACUUUGAUUUUGACUUUCUAACAACAUCAGUACAUAUAACAUGUGUGACAUUGUUGUUUGUGUAACAAUCUUUUUAAUAGGCUUCUACAUUUAUAGAUUAGAUAUUUUAUAUUGGUGCUUUUUUCAGUCAAGUAAAUGCAUUAAUAUGCAAUCAAAGUUUGGAGUGUCAGGCAAAAGCCAAUAGGGAUGGGUCCUGUUCACUUUUAAUUCCGUGUGUUAUUUGUUAUAUAUGUAAAUAUAUUGUGUGUUUGUAUUUUGCCAACAUGGUAGAAUCACAUGAUAAGCAGGUUGUAUCAUGUUUUUCUGUCACCUUGAGGAAAUGGCAUAAAAAGGAAGAUGACAAUAUA